CCGUUUGCGCACGGCUGUCACUCUAUCCGAGCUGGACGGACAACACAAACUUUGUACGGACGAGAGGACAACCUGCGCUCCGGGGCGCAGCAGAUUUCUACCCUGUUCGGGGGGUUUUCUCCUUUGGAUUAAACACAUUUGCUCCGUGUAUUUUUUUGUUUUCGCUGCUGAUUGUUUGAGUCGGAGCUCGUCUCCAUUUGGCACCAGACGCAUCUGUCACCAUCUGCAACCGAGUGCCUAAAGCUGUCAAAGUCAUGCCGGCCGGGUUUCAACAGCUCGGAGGGGAGGUGGUGACGGGAACCCUCGCUCUAUCAGUUUUCACUGCUGUUCUGGGAUCACUGACGUUCGGAUACAACAUCGGAGUCAUCAAUGCACCGCAGAAGAUCAUUGAGGAGGACUACAAUGCGACGUGGAUCCAUCGGUACGGAGAACCAAUCCCCUCAGGGACCCUCACCUCCCUCUGGUCGCUGUCUGUGGCCAUCUUCUCCAUCGGGGGCAUGCUCUCCUCCUUCUGCGUGGGCUUCAUCUCAGAGUGGCUGGGCAGGAGGAAAGCGAUGCUCGCCAACAAUUUGUUCGCCUUCGCUGCUGGGAGUCUGAUGGGAAUGUCUAAGGUCUGUCGCUCCUUUGAAAUGAUGAUUCUGGGACGUUUCAUCAUUGGGGCCUACUGUGGACUUGCGUCUGGUUUGACGCCCAUGUACGUGGGGGAGAUAGCUCCUACAAGUCUCCGAGGUGCACUCGGCACGUUGCACCAACUGGCCAUAGUCACUGGGAUUCUUAUAGCACAGAUUCUGGGUCUGGAGAUGUUGCUGGGCAGUGAGGACCUUUGGCCCGUUCUGCUGGGUUUGACCGUGGUACCGACUGUUCUGCAGAUGGGUCUGCUGCCCUUCUGCCCCGAGAGUCCUCGAUUCCUCUACAUCAUUCGGAGUCAGGAGCAUCAUGCCAAGAGUGGCUUGAGGAGGUUAACAGGCCGGCAGGAGGUGGGUGACAUGCUAGCAGAGAUGAAGGAGGAGAAGAGGAGGAUGGACAUGGAGAGGAAAGUCUCCAUCCUAGAGCUCUUCCGCUCGCCUCUGUACCGCCAGCCCAUCGUCGUCUCCAUCCUGCUGCAGCUCUCCCAGCAGCUCUCUGGAGUCAAUGCAAUUUUCUACUACUCCACCAGUAUCUUCAUGAAGGCAGGAGUCCAGAGUCCGGUCUACGCCACAAUAGGAGCCGGAGUUGUAAACUGUGCCUUCACUGUGGUCUCGCUGUUCCUCGUGGAGCGGAUGGGUCGGCGGACACUUCACAUGUUGGGUUUGGCAGGAAUGUGCAUUUCUGCCAUUAUUAUGACCAUAGCCUUGGCUUUACUGGACAGCAUUCCUUGGAUGAGCUACAUUAGCAUGCUAGCUAUCUUUGGCUUCGUGGCCUUCUUCGAGGUGGGUCCAGGUCCCAUUCCUUGGUUCUUUGUGGCUGAGUUGUUCUCUCAAGGCCCAAGGCCGGCUGCCAUGGCUGUGGCGGGCUUCUCCAACUGGACCGCCAACUUCAUCAUCGGCAUGGGCUUCCAGUACGUUGCGGAUCUCUGUGGGCCUUACGUGUUCCUGAUUUUCGCAGUGCUGCUCCUUUUUUUCCUCAUCUUCACGUUCUUUCGGGUGCCAGAGACCCGGGGAAAGACAUUCGACCAGAUUGCAGCCAACUUUAAUCAGCACUCAGCGGCUGGCAUGAUGGAUAUGGACAUGGAGCUGGACAAGCCCAGCACAGAGCUGGACUACCUGGGCGAUGAAAGCAUCAACUGAAGAGUCCAAACAAAACCAAAAAAAACAAACUGAGUACAAUUUAAGGUGAAGUUUGUGUACGGACCCUACUCCAAAAUUUUUAUUUUCUGACAUAUUUUGAGAUCUGUAGUCAUAUUGAUAUAGCUUGUGGUGCCAAAGCAGUGUUAAGAUAAGUGUGUGACAGUAUGGAAGUUUCUGGAGCCGUCGUUUGCUGGUACCACAGCAGUUCGCUAACUGGUGGUUCUGACAGCUCAAAGCCUUUGGGUUAGAGACUCACCGAUGAAGAAAAAGACAGAGGCAUUGACUGUCGGUGUGAGAUGAUUUCGUUCAGUGCUGAUGAACUCAGACGCAGCAUUGAAAGAUGGGGAAAUUUUGGAAUUCCUGCACUUUAUAAAGAAAGACUUCGGCGAACGGAGGUACAGGUACUGUAGGACGGUGGUGUCCAACUUCAGUUCUGAAAGACCAAAUCAGAUGUGAGUGGUUGAGCUACCUUCUCAACAUCAUGUCCUGCAAAUGCUUGGUAAUAAUUAAUUUGCUUUGCACUGUGUUCAACCAAGUGAACAUCUGAGACCUGUGGGACAUUUGGGUCUUGGGGACUGAAAAUGGACAUCACUGACGUAGGAAGUUGACGUAACUUUAUAGUUUUCACUUAAGAUGGGAACACGUUAGAGUAAGGCUGAUUUGGGUUCCUGUAGAGACUUUGGAAACACUCUAUUGCAGAAAAAAGUUAGUUUCUUAACUAGUUUGCUUUACCAUCUGAUAUUAAAGGGGCAGUAUUAUGUAUUUUCUUGGCACAUAGUCUCGUUUUAGAGCACAAUCAAAUAAUCUUACCUUCAGUUGUUUUAAAAAUGCUAUAUAUCAAAAAUGACAUAGGAAAUGUGUCUACAAUAUUUAAUUCAUUGAAAUUGGGCCUGUGUCUCUUUAAGAAUCUCCCUCUCUGUCAGCCCGCCAUCACAACAUUCCUCUUUCAAGCCUUUGAAAACAUUUUUACCAGCUUUUCACUGAGAAGUCGUUUGUAUGAUGAGCUCGGCAGACGCACAGCUCCACCAAUUGUUUGCUGCUUGCUGCUGCCGCUAGUCUGAAGGAGCCGAGUGGGGAAGAGAGCUCUAUGAGGUGGAAGCUUGGCUUGGGACUUGCAGUUCCAGGGAGCGUUAGGGCACCCCAAAUGGUUUGCUACUGGAGAUUCAAAGAUUUCUCAUGAAAGAUUUGAAGAACCACACCAUGCAUGAUUUUUGAAGAGGGAAUCACAUGAUAUAAAUCUAAAAAAGAAAUCU